AUGGCUCUCACCCAGUCUGCUCGCCCAGCACCUGGUCCAUCCUGGGAUGAAGAAGUCGUACCAGCCCUGCGGAAAAGGCUACAAGGCGAGAGUCGGGUUUUGUCUAAGCGCAUAUCCGCCGCAGUUUCUAUCUCCUCCCUUGAAGACGUCGACCAGCCACCGAGACCUUCUUACACCCAGCGCACUUCAACUGAAACCGCAAAGAGUCAGGCCAGCGCGUCCUCCAAACGUGCCAGAACCUAUUCACAACCCAAAUUAUCCGACCUUCCCUCCAAAUCCAGGCCAACCCGUAUCCCGAAGGCCACAACACGCAAUGGCACGACCGGACUGCAGUCUCCCACCCCCGACUCCCCGAUGCUAAACGGUCGCUUACUCUCUCCGCCGACACUCACGAGGGAGCCUUCGCAAGAUACUAUUCACAUUCCCGCGAUACAGCGCCAGACUUCCGGACUACUUAAUGAACAACCACCCUUCAUGCCUGGACCCGGUUCUGCGAAUUCACACGACGAAGCUCCGCCUCGUCCGUCUAACGAAUCAGAAGAACGACCAUUUGAGCACUGGUAUCGAGGGGAAGUCUCUCGAAAUGGUGGCGUUGGCGAGCUCAAGAUGGGGAAGCGGCAAGAGAUGCUUGAAAUCGCCAACUAUGGUCAUACUCUGAAGCAGAAGCAAGCAUUAGCCGCUGCGACUGCCAACGACUCGUAUCCUCGAAGGCGGAAGAGGUCGGAGAGCGCGGCGGUAUUGGAUAAGCGGGAAAGCUUAUAUCUUGAUGAAGAGCAUGUCAACGGGGUUGGUCGGGUGCUUGACGAAGGGCCUCUAACUGAUGUAGAGAUGUCGGAUGGCGACGUGUAUGGUCAUGACCGUGAACGAAGCACGACGCCGACCCAACCUUCUAGGCAGGCGACAUCACCACCCCCUGCCCUAGUGCGCGGAGCGAGCGAGCCACCCACAUUUCCAAACUCUUCGCUCUCUCAAAGCUCGAGGCAACUUCAAAACCCCUCGAAACGUGCAGCUACUGCGUCUCCGUCAUCUGCUUCAAGCUCCAAGAAACCUCGUGGUGGGACGCCAAACUCAACACCAAGAACUAGUAAACCCAAAGCGACCAAACCUCAGCGCACGAAACCAGAUGAUAAUCGACGAAGCGUCGCUAAUUACCCUUCCCCUGGUGAUGGCGACGAAGAUAUGUCGAAUGCGAUUCCAACAUGGACACAACCUCUUGCCCCGUCAACUGGAAGAUGGGAUGACGUUGUCUUACCUGUGGUUGCGAGGAAGAAAGGGUUAGAUGGGUACUAUAGCGCGGAUGGAAGUCCAAAGCCAAGGCGAGAAGAACAACCCAUAGCGCCAGCUGCCGGCACGUUUGGUUGGGAUCACACCAAGUACAGGCCGCCACGUGAGGAUGGGGCGAUUGCGAUGGAUGAGUUUGGCCGACCGAUGCCAGUCGAGGCGAAGGACGAUGAAUCCCAAUCACCACAAGGUGCUUUCGGGAACCCGCUUUCGCCACUGUCAGAGCAUGAGAAGACGCCAGUUGGACCCCAGGCUCGGUUAAAGCCGCAUCUCGUCGACCCUCCUCGCACCGCCAGCCCCGCACCUUUCUCUGAUUACCGUGGCCCAUCGCAGAUCGAUCUUUCAGCAGAAGCGGCCAAACUGGAGCAGAACGGCGGUAGGCUUCCGCCACCAGAAGAAGACGAGGGAGCGGGGUGUUGCAAGUGUGUGGUGAUGUGA